CCGGAAGCCUAGUCUUGGAGGGGAGGAGGAGGAGGAGGGCCCUGGGAAAGAGGAAGCUCCACUCCAGCUGCUGCAGCUUUUGUACUGGGGCUAAAAUGGCGGCGGUGCAAACCCAGAGUGGGAUCCUGCUCAGUGCGUUGUGUCCGAAGUUCUUGCAUACAAACUCAACCAGUCACACCUGGCCUUUUAGUGCUGUUGCUGAACUUAUAGAUAAUGCAUAUGAUCCAGAUGUGAAUGCAAAGCAAAUGUGGAUUGACAAAACAAUUAUAAAUGAGAACAUAUGUUUAAUUUUUAUGGACAACGGAAAUGGUAUGAAUGCAGACAAGUUACAUAAGAUGUUGAGCUUUGGCUUCAGUGACAAAGUUACACUUAAUGGUCGUGUUCCAGUUGGAUUGUAUGGGAAUGGAUUUAAAUCAGGAUCUAUGCGUCUGGGAAAAGAUGCUAUUGUUUUCACCAAAAAUGGAGAAAUAAUGAGUGUGGGCAUGUUGUCUCAGACCUUCUUGGAAGUUACAAAGGCAGAGCACGUAAUUGUUCCCAUAAUAUCUUUCAACAAGAAACGGCAAGUAAUGAAACCAGAUCAAUCGGCAGCCAGCUUGAGGGCUAUUUUGGAAUAUUCAUUAUUUCCCACAGAAGAGGAGUUGCUUGCAGAGCUUGAUGCCAUUAUAGGGAGAAAAGGGACAAGAAUCAUCAUUUGGAACCUUCGAAGGGAGAAAAAUCAACAAACAGAAUUUGAUUUUGAUACAGAUAAAUAUGAUAUUCGGAUUCCUGCAGAUUUAGAUGAAGUAACAGGAAAAAGAGGAUACAAAAAACAAGAGAGGCAAGAUCAGAUUAUUCCUGAAAGCGACUAUUCAUUACGUGCUUAUUGCAGUAUUCUAUAUUUAAAGCCAAGAAUGCAGAUUAUUAUAAGAGGACAAAAAGUGCAAACACAACUGGUUUCCAAAAGCCUUGCCUAUAUAGAACGUGAUGUUUAUAAACCUAAAUUUUUGGCUCCCAAAACUGUAAGAAUUACCUUUGGAUUCAACUGCCGAAAUAAAGAUCACUAUGGAAUGAUGAUGUACCAUCGAAAUAGGCUAAUCAAGGCUUAUGAAAGAGUUGGCUAUCAGCUAAAGGCAAAUAAUAUGGGUGUAGGAGUAGUGGGGAUUAUCGAAUGCAACUUCCUAAAGCCAACCCAUAAUAAGCAGGAUUUUGAUUAUACUAAUGAAUACAGGCUUACAAUACAUGCUCUUGGUGAGAAGCUUAAUGAUUACUGGAAUGAGAUGCAAGCAAAGAAAACAGACUAUCCCUUGGAAGUGCUAGUUGAAGAUACUCAGAAACGGCCAGAUCAGACCUGGGUUCAGUGUGAUUCAUGUCUUAAAUGGAGGAAGCUUCCAGAUGGAAUAGAUCGAUUGCCAGAAAAAUGGUAUUGCUCAUACAACCCUGACCCUCAGUUCAGAAAUUGCAAUGUACCUGAAGAACCCGAAGAUGAUGAUUUAAUACCAUAUGAAAAAACACAUAAGAAAAAAGACAGGGAGAAACUAAAGAAAAGAUUGGAGUUUAGCCAACAGAUUUAUAAUGAAAUGUAUUUACAAACAUCUGCCUUGUCAAAUACAUCUCCAGCAAUGAGUGAAAGAUUAAAUGUAGAUGCUUCAAGUACAUCUCUUCCAAGGUCCCUAAACCCAUCAGAUAAUGCCCCAGUAUCUUCUCCUCAUUCUGACCCUGAAAACAGGUUUAAACGCAAACUUUCUAAUUCUGAGACACCGCUACCUUUUAAGAUCACAAGGGUAACUAGCCACGCAUUUGAGAACAGAAGGAAUGAUAAAGAUGAUGAUGAUGAUGUUAUCAUCUUGGAAGAAAACAGUACCCCAAAACCUGUAGAUAUCACAGAGUGCGAUAUCAAAAUAGUCAAAGUGGAAGGGGGCGCUGAUAUUGACUAUAGCGGCAUUGAAACAGAAGGUUCUACAAACAAAGAUGCUUGUUUGGAAGCAAAAAGUUCAAAAGGAACUACAGCAACACAAACGGAAAGGGAACAACUUGUAGUAAAGAAGGAAGAAAUGGAGGACACCAGAGAUAAAAGGCGAGACAUUUCAGAAUCUGAAAUACCCCAAGUAAAGCCUGUUCAGGUUUCAGAGCCUGUGAAUGUGGAUAGCAAAAUAAAUGAAUUGAGCAUUAAGUUGCAGUCUGCCAUUACUGAAAAAGAAAGUUACCAAAAACAGUGUAAUAACUUGUUGAAAGAGUUAAAGGAAGUAAAGCAAAAACUAGUGGAAAUGAAUGAUAAGCAUAUGAAAAAGGAAAUGUGCCAUCAGUCAACAGAAACAAAUAGUAUACUACCAGAUGAUGAACUAGAAAAAGGUAAAGAGAGAAGUCCAGAGGAGGUAUUAAUUCUCUACGAACAGACAUUGAAUGAAAUGAGAAAGUUGAAAGAACAGUGCAAUACUCUGCAAAAUUUAAAAACUGAAUGCAGUAAAUGUAAAAGUACAGACAAUAAAAGCGAGGUAGAUGACAUGGCUGUGCAACUUGAUGAACUUUUCAGACAGCUGGACAAGUGCAGCAUUGAAAGAGACCAGUACAAGAAUGAGAUCGAACUACUGGAAAUGGAAAAAAAUCAGAUGACUCUUCAGUGUGAAGAGCUAAAAGCAGAAGUCACACAGUUAAAAGCUUCAGUUCCACAAGUGGUAACACAUGCAAAUGAUCCUGUGGCUGGUAAUCUUGAAGAUUCUGUAAAUUUUUCUGAUGGGGAAAGCCUGAAGCUGAGAUCCCUGAGAGUUAAUGUGGGACUGCUGCUAGCAACAAUAAUGCCUGAUCUUGAUUUGCAGCAAAUGAAUUACGACGUUGAUGUGGUUGAUGAGAUUCUCGGACAAGUUGUAGAGCAAAUGAAUGAAAUCAGUAGUGCUUAAUUUUCUCUCCUGCAGUUACAACAUAGUUUGUUCAAUCGUCUGGGUUUUUUGAAGUUUCCAGUCUGAACGGAUUAUUCAUUUUAUGGCUAAUGUAAUCCUGAACACAGCAUUUGAAAUCAUGAGGUUAUCUUUUUAAGCUGUCGGUAACUGCCUCAAAGAACCCAUAUUUUUGGGGGGGACUGCAACAUUCAUGGAAGGGAAAUAGUCUUUUCCUUCCCUCCUCUUCAGUUGUUACUAGCCUCAGAAGGAAAAGUCCCAUUGUCUCCAAAAGAGAAAAUGUUUAGAUGCCUGUGAGACACUGACUUCUGGAAGGAAGGAUUAUGUUCAUCACCAUGUUUGAAAAAGAAGAGGUUAAAUACUACAUGCCACAGUUUACAUGAAGAAAUAUGGGUCACAUCUCUUAACAAAAAAGGCAUAUCUGAUUUCACCCUCAUUCCAAAUGCAGCAUUUAUUAAUCAGGACUCACCACAACUGCAUUGGGUCAAUUUCAACAUUUCUUACAGAUGUGUUUAGUUUUUAUAUUGUAUUCAGGAGUUAUACACAAAUGCUAUAUGCUGCUGUAUGCCUUUUUUAAGAGGAACAGUGGCAAGUAGAAUUUCCCCCCAAUAACUAGUAUUUUUUAGUGGCCUAUGAGUAUUUCUAAGCUUUGAUACCUAGUAAUGUAUUAUAACACUAUUUAAAAGUAUUGCAACAUGAUUCUUCGAAUAUAAGGUUACAUUUGUUUAAAAGGUAUAGAAGUUUAUGAAAAAUCAUGUGGCUUUAAGGAGUUAUUUUUCCAUAACCACCCCCCACCCCCCAAUAUUUUAAUGGCUUUUCUCAUUACUCAUUACUGUAUUCUUCAGUACCUGAAUGUACUGUAAAGUCUGGGUAAAAGCUUGUCUGUAUGGAUAAUAUUAUUUAAAUUUAUACUGUACAUUUACACUUUGAAUGAAAGUGAAUAAAUGGUAAUAAGUUUUUAUUUACAAGAAACAAAUCAAAAGAUGUAUAUUUUGUACUAAAUGGGGGGCAUUCUUGUGUUCUGUGCAACACAAAAAACAAGCAAAUGCAAAGUUUUCCUGUAAUAAAAAAUCCUCAUAAUCUA